AUGCGCGUUCAUGGCAAAGAUAUUUCUCCUCCCAUCACAGUCCUCCACUCCAACGAACUCAAUUCCGCGCAAUGCGAUCAGAGCACCAACUUACCGUCUUUUCACCCCCCACCCGUAAUUGAAGGUGUCCCAGGUUGGAAUGCUUAUCCCUCUCCAACUGUUUUGGGGGUGGGGGUUCUCAGUCGGUUGUGGGCCAAGCACGAGCAGGAGGGCGGCGAAGUCUGGGGUGUCGAUAUAGAGGCUGAACGAGAUGGCACUUUGCUAGCUACCGACUUCAAGAUUCUCAACCCACUAGCCGCAAAACAGUGGGCCAUCAAGCUCGCAACAGAAGCCGCUGUAUCGGUACUCAGCGUCGACAGCAUCAUCAUGAACAAACCCGCAGGAAGAAACCCGACACACACCUACUCCAUCCUUCGAUACCUUUCACCGACUCGCACCCUAAGAAACCGCUUGCACGCAGCAUCAUCCAAGCUCCUCUUCUCGUUCGUGGUAUUAGCAAAAGACCAGACACAGUUUACUCGCCUAUUGGUCGAUCCCGAUUUCUUUCGUCACUUGGUGUCCCUGAACAUCUACACAAUCCAGAUGAGACGAAGAUUCUUAUCGUUUCAUUUGGCGGACAGGUCUUCCAGAGGCCCACUUCCAGUCGCAGCAGCAGCACGGGUAACUCAAGUCCAGGAUACAGAAUACCUCCUACGGGGCUACAACAGAUCACUGAUAGCCCACAAUUGUCAAAGAUCCCUCUUUGCAGCGAUGCUCUCAGCAAAACAGACACAUCACACUGCUGUCACAGCGCCCCCACGACCACCUUUGAUGCCAGUGAUGAGCCUUUGCAUGGACCCACCAUGA